AUGGACAACAAAACUUUCGUGUCCGAUUCACUGAUUCGCUUGACCGGUGCCUCAGAUCCGAUCGCAGUUGAUUUUGUCCUCGCCGAAGCCACCUCCGCCAAGUCCUCAUCCUCCCUGCAAGAUAAGCUGGUCUCCUUCCUCGAUGGCAGCCCCGAUGAAAUCGCCGCGUUCUGCGGACAGCUCUUCUCCCGCGUGGGGAAGAGCAGUCAGCCCAGUGCAUCUACUGCGAAGAGCACUGGAAGCAAGGAGGCAAAGAAGAAAUACCGGCUGGUAGACAUGGGCGAAGAUCUCCCUGAUCCCGCAUCCACAUUGGGGCCUGUCAACGUCGAGGCAGACCGCGACAGAAGGAGGCGCCGGGACAAAGAAAGGAACGGUGAUCGAGACGGUGAUCGAGACCGAGGCAGGAGCAAGCGAGAGUCCGAGGCCCCCAGUCGCUGGGAGAAAGACGACAACCGAAAACGAGAUCGCAGCCGGGACACGGAGAGUCGGGACCGCCCGCGGUCGAAGAAGUUGCGCAAGAAGGACUCACAAGGCUUUGACGAUAGGUGGGGUGAUGAGGAAACCCCCGAGGAAGAGCUGUAUGCCGAAGGCGAUCAGGAUGAAUUUGCGGAGUCGCCCUCGAAACGGACGAGACUUGAGGAUGGAUCCGCCUCCCCACGAUCCGCGUCUCCCGUCGAUGACCUCGACCCUCAAACCAAGCAAGAGAUGGAUCGCCAACGGGACCUUCGUGAGCGAGAUGAAUUUGCGAAACGACUGGCCAAUAAGGAUGACAGCAAGUCCAAAAAGAUCGUGGAGGACCGAACGAGAGAUGGAGAAGCUGCACGGCGUCGCGCUUUGGCUGACAAUGCUGAUGCGCGGGCCGCCGUGAUGCCCGAUCUACGCCUGCGGUCGCGACAGGAAUAUUUGAAGAAGCGAGAAACGGAGCGGCUGGCGUUAUUGCGGCGCCAGGUCGCUGAAGAAGCUGCUGAGUUGCGCGACAAUCCAAAUCUCACACGCCGCGAGAAGGAGGAGUUUGCGCGAAACCGAGAGGUUCUUCGCAUCGCAGAGGAACGACUUCGAAUUGAUGACCAUCGCGAUGGCUAUAUGAUGCCAGAUGAUUAUAUCACGGAGAAGGGCAAGAUCGAUCGCAAGAAGAAAGAGGAUGCCCUGUACAAGCGCUAUGUCGAUCGCGACGAUGCCGGCCAGGAGCGAUUCGUUACGGAGCACGAGGAAUGGGAAUUGGAACAAGCAGCCAAAGCCAAAGCCCAAAUCAAAAAGGCUGAAUUCGUCGACGAAGGAGACUAUGAAUAUGUCUUCGACGAUUCACAGCAGAUCAAUUUUGUGAUGGAUACCAAGCUUGAAGGCACGCAAAAGCCUAUGACCCAGGAGCAGCUCCGGUUCAAGGAGCAGGUUGAUGCAGCUGAAAAGAAAGCUGCCACAAUGGAGGAGACUCGGAAGAGCCUUCCCAUCUAUCAAUUCCGGGACCAGAUCAUCGAAGCCGUGCACAAACACCAGGUCUUGAUUAUUGUUGGAGAAACGGGUUCGGGUAAAACGACACAGAUACCUCAGUACCUUCACGAGGCCGGCUACACGAAAGACGGCUUGAAGAUUGGCUGUACUCAACCGCGUCGAGUGGCAGCCAUGAGUGUUGCAGCCCGUGUGGCAGAUGAGAUGGGCGUGAGAAUUGGUAAUGAAGUUGGCUAUGCUAUUCGAUUCGAAGACAACACGAGCGACAAGACAAUUAUCAAAUACAUGACUGACGGCAUGCUUCUUCGAGAGUUGCUCACGGAGCCGGAUCUGGGCCAGUACUCGGCGUUGAUGAUUGACGAGGCCCACGAGCGGACGGUACCUACGGACAUUGCUUGCGGUCUUCUCAAGGAUAUUGCCAAGGCGCGGCCUGAUUUGAAGCUGCUCAUCUCCUCUGCGACCAUGGAUGCGCAGAAGUUCCAGAAGUACUUCGACGAUGCACCUAUUUUCAACAUUCCCGGUCGCCGGUACCCAGUCGACGUGCACUAUACAUCGCAGCCGGAAGCCAAUUAUUUGGCCGCAGCUAUCACCACGGUCUUCCAGAUCCAUGUCACGCAGGGCCCCGGAGAUAUUUUGGUUUUCCUGACAGGCCAGGAAGAAAUUGAAGCUGCCGAGCAGAGUCUACAAGAAACGGCUCGAAAGCUGGGCAGUAAAAUACCGGAAAUGAUUAUUUGUCCCAUCUAUGCCAACUUGCCGUCGGAGCUACAGACCAAGAUCUUUGAGCCCACACCGCCCAAGGCGCGCAAGGUGGUGCUGGCGACCAAUAUUGCCGAGACUAGUUUGACGAUCGAUGGUAUUGUUUACGUGAUUGAUCCCGGAUUUGUCAAGGAGAACGUGUUCAACCCUCGCACGGGCAUGGAGAGCCUCGUGGUGACGCCGUGCUCUCGCGCCUCGGCCAACCAGCGUGCAGGUCGUGCCGGACGAGUUGGCCCGGGUAAAUGCUUCCGACUUUACACCAAGUGGGCGUACUACAACGAGCUGGAAGAGAACACCACGCCGGAGAUUCAACGCACCAACCUGAACGGCGUUAUUCUGAUGUUGAAGUCUCUGGGUAUUGACCAACUACUUGACUUUGAUUUCAUGGAUCCGCCCCCGGCGGAGACCAUCAUUCGAGCAUUGGAGCAAUUGUACGCCCUCGGAGCUCUCAACGACCGUGGAGAGCUCACCAAGGUCGGUCGACAGAUGGCCGAGUUCCCUACGGACCCGAUGUUGGCCAAGGCGAUCCUCGCAGCAGGACAGUACGGAUGUGUGGAGGAGGUGCUUUCGAUCAUCGCAAUGCUGGGUGAGUCGAGUGCACUUUUCUUCCGACCCAAGGACAAGAAGAUCCACGCCGAUAGCGCACGCAACCGGUUCACUAUCAAGGAUGGCGGUGAUCACCUGACGCUUCUGAACAUUUGGAACCAAUGGGUAGAUUCGGACUUCAGCGUCGUGUGGGCCAAGGAGAAUUUCCUGCAGCAGCGUAGCUUGACCCGAGCCCGCGACGUCCGCGAUCAACUGGCCAAGCUGUGCGACCGAGUCGAAGUGACAAUCAGCACCUGCGGCGCCACCAACAUCAUCCCGAUUCAAAAAGCCAUCACCGCCGGUUUCUUCCCCAACGCGGCGCGGCUGCAACGCGGCGGUGAUAGCUACCGCACGAUUAAGACCGGUCAGGGAGUGUACCUGCACCCGUCAAGCACGCUGUUCGAGGUCAACCCGCGGUGGGUGAUCUACUACGAGCUGGUUCUGACCAGCAAGGAGUACAUGCGCAGCAACAUGCCGCUGCAGGCAGAAUGGUUGGUGGAAGUGGCACCGCACUAUUACAAGAAGAAAGACCUGGAGUCGCUGGGACUGGAUCGCAAAGUGCCCAAGGGGACCGGGGCAGCGGGCGAGAAAAGUCGAACGUGA